UAGCGCUCUGAGCUAUUGGCAUGAAACUAGCUCUAUCUAAAAGCUAAAAUUUAUUGAUUGAUUUUGAAUCUCAAUAUCGAGCAAACCAAACCUUAAAUUAAUAAAAUCUUUCCCUUAUGGGGUCACGUCCUACAAUUAACUUCUAGAAUUUCAUGACUUUAGGUAAAAACAAAAACCAAGAUCUCAAGAUAAUCAUGUACUCAACACCUGCAAUCAGUAAUAAAGAAAAAUACGUUCCUGAUGUUGAGUUUAUAACAGAAAAUAAUCAACAUCUGCAAUCGAGAUUGAAAGUCUGUCCUAAGGAGAAGUAUCAUAAAGACUUCAUUAGCAUUGCUGACUUUGAAACCGAUCCUUGGCGAUUUCUCGAGAACAAAUUUGAAGCUAUCGAUGACCUUCCAGAGUUUUUGAAAUGCAUGUCCGCCCUAACUGGCAAAAUCCUAGUAGAACGCGAUGGUCGCCCAGUAGUGGGAAGUGGAUUCAUCCACAAAAUUCGCAGAGGUGAAUUGGCAUAUUGCCCCUGCCACGAAUGUUUGGAAAAACAGGAGACUAAGAAACAAGUUUACGGUAUAUUAACGGUGACAACGGUUAUACAUAAUUUUGUUAAAAAAUUGGCUGAAGCGAUCAAGACUCGUGUCUUCUCUGAGAACUGGGACUCCAAGAACACUAAAGUGAGACUCUUUUACGACGAAGAGAAUGAGGAAAGCGAAACAUUUAUUUACGGCUACAAGUUGCUGGAGACAGACAAGGAGAUAAACAUCCAGAGUGACUGGUGCUCAGUUGAAUGUGUCACUCAUGAUAUGGAAUUAGUUCAAAAACUUGAAGCCAAGUUGAACAAAUAUAUGGAGUUACAAGGAGAGAUCUAUAGAAAAUCUAAAGAACUAAGUCUGAACGAUUUGGUCAUUAUUAUAGGUCAUCCUCAUGGAGGUCCCAAGAUGAUAAGUGUUGGGAAAAACAUUAAAAUAGAGAUUCUCAAAGAAGUCAGGAACUAUCAGAAGUGGUGUCGUUAUGAGUAUGACAACAUGACUUGCCCUGGUAGCAGCGGUUCUCCCGUUUUUAUACUGGGUCAGCCCCUGUGUGGCUUUGGCUACUGGUUCGGACAUCCGCACAACCACUCAAAGGGACUCCACGAGAAGGCGAAUGGAGGGUGCAGCUCAGUGGGAGUUGAGCAUGUCGUCAUUUAAUGUAAACAAGAGGAAUUCUGAAGUGCUAUAUGAUAUAAAAAGUGACAAUUUAACUGUGAUACUUAAGCAGUGCUUACUCUAGCUUUCAAAAUUCUCAUCAUUUUACCACCAUAAUUUCUUCGACCCCAUGAUUUUGGGAUUCUGUCACCAUGUGCCCGUUCGGACAUCCGCACAGCCAUUCGAAACUUACUUAACGAUAAGUCAGUAAAAGGGGGUUAUAACUCUGUGGAUGUCGAGCACAUUGGUGAGAUCCACUGAGUGCUUAGCACUGCAUUCUCCUAUGGGGGUGGUUUUUAGUACUGUGUCUGCAACAGAGACCCUUGAACCCAGAGAUUGAACUGUGGCAGACAUAAAUCCCCAAGAUCUGACGACCGCUGUUUAUGUUUAUUGUUUAAUGUCGUUGUUAUCUAUUGUAAAACAAACAUCAAGCGUAUCAAGAUUUCCCUUAGUUUGAGUUACCUCCUUGAAGUUUACUACACAACCUUAACUUGAAACAUUAUAAUAUUCACAAAACAGUCACACUGUUGUGUCUUUAUAAUACAACUCAGAGAAAUGAUACGCAAGAAAUCAUUUCACAAUAACUCUACACAAUAACACAAUAAUUGCCUUUUACCUAUCCCUCAGUCUGUUGGACCCAUGGGGCACCAUGCAAGAUUCAUUGACCGUCUUUCUCCUUCCUCACUUGUCUUUUGCCUUAGUUAGAACCUCUUUCAAUGGCAGGCCCGUCCAUUCUUUUAUGUUGUCCUCCCAUCGCUUUCUCUGUCUGCCCCUUCUUCUUUUUCCUGGUACUGUUCCCUGAAGGAAUGUCUUUGAGAACCGUGAAAACCUUGUAAUAUGGACAUAUUUUUAGCUUGCGUUAUUUUUAACGAUAGUUAGCAGGUCAUCACGGGGUCCAAUCGCUGUGGUAACCCUGUGUCUUAUCUUUUGGUUAACAAAUAAUAAAUAUCCCAAACCAAGUAGAGUAUUAUUAACUCUUUCUCUCCUAACUGACGAUACCAACGUUGAUUCCACCAGAAUGCGGUCAAUAAUUACGGAGAGAAAGAGUUAAUAAAUACUAUGACAGAAAACUAAAACGGAAAGCUAUCCAAGGUAUGAAUAUCGCAUAUACAGCCAUACAUCUCAAUAAUGUAAAGUGUAUUUUCCCUUUUCAAUAUUAUAAGUAGGGCAGAUAAUGUAAAGGUCAUCUGUUUCUGUACCCCACGGUUAACAAGGGUGUCAUGUGGCCAGCACAACGACCAACCGCCUUUACUUUUCCCAAACUUUCCCCCCAACUAUUGCCAUGUACCAAUCAGAGCUGGGUGGACUUAGAAACGCCCAAAAAAUCCCGUAAUUGAAAAUCCCAUUCUUCACCAGGAUUCGAAUUCGGACCCCCGGAUUUUACCGCUUCACCGCUCAGCCACUGUUCCUUCUUUAAAGUAAAGUUUUCCUUUCAGACAUUGCGGUCUAUGGGGCAGAUUACGCUAAGGUCAUCUGUUUCUAUGGCCAGUGGUUAACGAGCAAGGUGUCACGUGGCCGGGACAACGACCAACCAGCUUUUCUUUUACCCAACUUAAGGUCAGCUACCCAUUAGAGUUGGACGACUCAGAGUCAUCCUAAAAUUCCCGAAAUUCAAGAUCUAGGACUCCAGCUUCGGAAGCCGAGAGCUUAACCACUCAUCCACCACAUAC